AUGGGCACAGUGGUGAGAAUUGGGUCCAGGGUCCUGGUCUGGGUAGCCUGUCUGCUCCUGCCAUUCUCUGCUACAGACACUGGGCCGGGGGUCACUCAGCCUGAAGUGGACACACCCCUGGGCCGUGUGCGAGGCCGGCAGGUGGGCGUGAAGGGCACAGACCGUCUUGUGAACGUCUUCUUGGGCAUCCCAUUCGCCCAGCCGCCCCUGGGGCCCCACCGGUUCUCGGCCCCGCGCCCAGCGGAGUCUUGGGAAGGUGUGCGAGAUGCCAGUAGGGCCCACGCCAUGUGCCCGCAGGAUCUGGAGAGAAUGAACAACAGCAGAUUUACGCUGGACGGAAAGCACCAGACCUUCCCCAUUUCGGAGGACUGCCUGAUCCUCAACAUAUACAGCCCGGCUGAGGCCCCCUCAGGGGCAGGAAGGCCAGUCAUGGUGUGGUUCCACGGGGGCUCUCUCGUGACUGGCACCGCCACCGCCCACGAUGGGUCUGCCCUGGCCGCCUACGGGGACGUGGUCGUGGUCACAGUCCAGUACCGCCUGGGCUUCCUUGGCUUUUUCAGCACUGGGGACAAGCAUGCUCCUGGCAACUGGGGCUUCCUCGACGCCGUGGCUGCUCUGCGCUGGGUGCAGGGAAACAUCACCCCCUUUGGGGGUGACUUCAACUCUGUCACCAUCUUUGGUGAAUCCAGCGGGGCCUCUGUCGUCUCUGCCCUGGUCCUGUCCCCACUGGCUGCAGGGCUGUUCCACAGAGCUAUAGCACAGAGUGGAAUCAUCACCCUACCGAAGUUACUGGAUUCUGACCCCUGGCUCCUGGCUCAGUCCCUCGCAGACUCCUUGGCCUGCAACUCUGACUCCUCGGCUGAGAUGGUGCAGUGCCUUCGGCAGAAGACAAGCGAGGAGAUGAUCCUCGCUUACAAGUCGAAAAAAAUAGCUUUGUACAACAUCGAUGGCACCUUCUUUCCCAAGAGCGCUGAGGAGCUCCUGAGGGAGAGGCAGUUCCCCUCUGUGCCCUUCCUCUUCGGUGUCAACAACCACGAGUUUGGCUGGCUCAUCCCCAGGGGCUGGGGUUUCCUGGAUAAGAUGGAUCAACUGAGCCUGGAGGACAUGCUGGCCAUCCUGAGGCCCUACUUGACCAAUAUGGAUGUGCCCGCUGAGGUGAUGCCCACCAUCAUAAAGGAAUACCUAGGCAGUAAGUCAGAUGGACAAGCCAAGCGAGAAGCCUUCCAGGAAUUGAUAAGUGACAUUAUCAUAACCUUCCCCAUGUUGCAAUUUGCAAGAGACCUCCAAGAUUCUGGGGUCUCCAUCUUCUUCUAUGAGUUCCAGCAUCGACCCAGUUCUUUUGCGAAGAUCAAGCCAGCCUGGGUGCGGGCUGAUCAUGGGGCUGAGUUGACCUUCAUGUUCGGCGGUCCUUUCCUCACGGAUGAGAGCUCCAUGUUGGCCUUUCCAGAAGCCACGGAGGAGGAGCAGCAACUGAGCCUCACCAUGAUGGCCCAGUGGACCAACUUUGCCUGGACAGGGGACCCCAAUGGCAAGGGGCUGCCUCUUUGGCCACCAUUCAACCAUGAGGAGAAAUACCUGGAAAUCAGCCUGGUGCCACGGGUCAACCAGAAGCCAAGGGAGGUCCGAAUGCAGCUCUGGGCAGAGAUACUUCCCACCAAGUUCGGGCAGUGGCAGCAGAAGCAGAAGGGCAGGAAGGUCCAGGAGGAACUCUGA